AUGCAUUGGGAGAAUGUAGGGAAGUUGCUGCAGCAGCUGCAGCAGCAAAUAGAUACACAAGGGUCCCUUCGUGUCUUGCUGCUGCCUGAGGAGACAGCAGCAGCAACAGCAGCAGUUGCUGUCCCUGGAUGGCGGGUUGGGCAGAAACAGCUUGCUGCUGCUGCUGCUCCUGCUCCUGCUGCUGCACCUCCUGCAACAGCAGCAGCAGCAGCAGCAGCAGCAGCAGCAGCAGCAGCAGGUCCCUUCGCCCCUCUUACGGUGUCUCCUUAUGCUGAGGAAAUUUUUAGGUCUUUAUGGGCAGCAAACGCGGAUGCGAUCUCCAUUCUUUACGCAGGUGCAGCAGCUGCCUUGCUACCCUUCUUGCUGCUGCAGCGUAUGCUGCCUUCUUUUUUGUUGUCUUUUAUACCUAGCGGAUGGUUUGCUGCUGAGCAGCAGCAAGACACCCAUGCUGCAGCAGCAGCAGCAGCAGCAGCAAAAGCCCUCCAAUUCUUUGGGGGCUGCUGUCUCCUUUUCUCUGUCUCCCUCUUAGGGGCAGCAGCUUAUGUAUACAUAAGACGUAAUAGCUGCCUAGAUGUGCCUCUGCUGCCCAAGGAGCAGCAGCAAAUGCAGCAGCAGCAACAGCAGCAAAUGCAGCAGCUGCAGCAGCAGCAGCAGCAAAUGCAGCAGCUGAGGAAGAGGCCCACGGAGGCCUCCAAGGCAGCAGCAGCAGCAGCAACAGCAGCAGCAGCAAAAGAGACGCGGCACGGCUCUGCUGAAACCACAACCGCCAGGAGCAGCAGCAACAACAACAUCAGCAGCAGCAACAGCAGCAGCAACAGCAGCAGCAGCACGGCUAGCACUAGCAGCAGCAGCAGGAGCAGCAACAGCAGCAGCAACAGCAACAGGAGCAGCAGCAGCAGCAACAACAGCGGCAGGAGCAGCAACAGCGGCACCAACAGCAGCAACAGCAACAACAGCACAUCCACUGCUGCAGCAGGUGCAUUCUUACAACUUGCUGCAGUAGCAGCAGCAGCAACAGCAGCAACAGCAGCAACAGCAGCAGCAGCUGUUACUCCCCCCUACAAGCAGCAGAUAAGCAGCAGCAGCAGAGUGACGAUGCAGGCGUCUUCUGCUCCAGCUGCAGCUGCAGCAGCAGCAGCAGCAGAACUGGGUGUUCCCUCAUUAGCAGCAGCAUCAUCAACAGCAGCAGCAUCAUCAACAGCAGCAGCAUCAUCAACAGCAGCAGCAGCAUCAACAGCAGCAGCAUCAUCAACAGCAGCAGCAUCAUCAUCAACAGCAGCAGGAUCAUCAACAGCAGCAUCAGCAGCAGCAACAGCAGCAACAGCAGCAGCAGCAGCAGCAGCAGGAGGAGGAUUAGAUAUAAAAGGAGGUGGUUAUUAUUUUGCUACUUCUCUUCCUCCUACUGUUAUCUCUUGCUGCUGCAGCGUAAAACUGAGGUCCCCAUACACCCCAACUCUUGUAUUAGCUAGACCUAGAUCUCUUGUCUUCCUUCAUCCUCAAUCCAGGAGCAGGAGCAGCAGCAGAAGAAUCAGCAGCAGCAGCAGCAGCAGCAGCAGCAGAGGUGUACAGGGAGAUACAGAUGCUGCUAAUACUCAUUCACCAUCAGCAGAUACAGCAGCAGCAGCAGCAGCAGCAGCAACAGCAGCACAAGCAGCAGGAGGAUCUCCUACUGCUGCUUCUACCACCACAAACAACAACAACAGCAGCAGCAGCAGCAGCAGCAGCAGCAGCAGCAACGAGGUUGGAUACGAUGAAUGUAUAGGGACAAGUGUCUCCUUUUUCUCUCCUGCUGUUGUUGUUCCUUGUGAUUCUGGUGUUGCUGCUCUUGCUGCUGUCCCUAGGUGUAGAGCUAAACAAAAACACAACGACAACAGCAGCAGCAGCAACAGCAACAGCAGCAGCAGCAGCAACGGCAGCAACAGCAACAGCAGCAGCAGCAGCAGCAGCAGCAGCGGCAGCAGCAGCAGCAGCAGCAGCAGCAGCAGGCACGACGGACUAGAGGAUCUAGUUGUAUUAACAGAUACACAAACUUUGCUGCUGCUUACGCGUAUAAAAGGGCGUCCCCUCUUAGCUGUUUGUCCCGUAACAGGAGACAUCGCUAUACAUCAAUAUGAAUUCCGUGUACAGUACCUGCAGCGCAACAGGGAGGCCAACAACAACAGCAGCAGCAGCAGCAGCAGCAGCAGCAGCAGCAGUAGUAGUAGCAGCAGCAUGACAUCGAGAGGUAUAAGCCGGGUAAAGGAACAGGAUAGAGAAUCUCAAUGGCAGCAACAGGCAACAGCAGCAGCAACAGCAGCAGCAACAUCAGCAGCAACAGCAGCAGCAACAGCACCAACAGCAGCAGCAGAAGCAGCAACACCAACAACAACACCAACACCAACAACAACAACAACAGCAGCAGCAGCAGCAGCAGCAGAAGACCCCCCACCUUAUAAGCCACAGCGGGUAGUAUUUAUGCACGAAUUAGGUGUCCUAGAUAUGGCCUUUAUGGGUCCAACUC